AUGUUCGUUGGGUAUCACCGUUUAAUAUCGGCAACAGAGGGUUUCCUGUCAUCGGCGUCAAAGAGAAACGCAUCCACACUUCCUGCAUCCAACUCAAACCACGUUAUACCUACUGAACCUCGAAACAAGUCGUCGACAUUAGUAGACCCCGCACAACUAGAUCAAACCCUGACCCUCUCUGACGGCCGCACCCUCGGUUUUGCCGAAUACGGCUCCCCACACGGAAAACCACUUCUUUACUUCCACGGCUUACCCGCUUGUCGUUAUGAGAUCGACUUCCACGAGCUGGGUCUCCGGCAUGGCGCCCGGAUCUUCGCCCUUGACCGACCUGGAAUGGGGCUGUCAGCGUUUCAACCAAACCGACAACUCCUUGACUGGCCGGCCGACGUCAAAGAUUUCACGGGCAAACUAGGUCUAGUCGAGUAUCGGGUUCUUGGUGGCUCCGGUGGAGGUCCGUACUCACUUGUGUGUGCAAAGGCCUUACCUAAGGAGAGCCUGAAGGGUGUAGGGGUACUCGCUGGAUUUGCGCCCCUUGAGGCCGGUACGCAGGGAAUGUCUCUUCGUUCACGGAUCCUGUGGAACCUGGGAAGAUGGUUCUCAGGUCUUGGGCGACUGUACACUGAUUGGACAAUUGUACCUGCUGCUCAUCAUCCAGACCCGAAGGUCCUGGAGGAGUUACUCGCGAAAACGGUGAAGAAUAAUUUCAACGAAACGGACUCGUCGGUCUUUGAGGAUGAGAAGAUCCUCAAGCAUGCAGCUAAGAUUGUGCGGGAGAGUUUUCGACAGGGGUCUCAGGGAUAUGUCCAAGAGUGUAAGAUUCUUACAAGGCCAUGGGGCUUUGACCUACGAGAAAUUGACUUCCCUGGAGUUCGGUUGUGGUACGGUGAUAACGACCGGCACACUCCGAUUCAAAUGGCUCGAUGGAUGGCGGAUAGGAUCGAGGGAUCGGUCUUGACGGAGUGGAAGGGCUACAGUCACUUUACUUUUACUGAUGAUCAUACUGAGGAAGUUUAUAGUGGUCAUUCAUAG